CUCCAAGCAUUCAACGGCUUCCGUCCUCACGCCCUAUUUUGAGCAUAAAGUUUACGUCUACCACGCAGGAUCGUGUUGUAUUGAAUGAUAAUAGGCCAACUAUCGCGGAAACAGUUCGGUAAAGCGGAUUAACCAUAAAAGAUGUCUUCUUCUUCCAAAUCGAACAUGGUAAUCGACGAUGGUAUUCGCAGCAAAGCAAGGAACAACAGGAUGAUAAUCUUUGUUGUAGCCGUGGUGUUUGUCAUCAUAAUAGUUGGCGUGCUAUCGGGUGUGCUCAGCGCAAACAGAGAAAAGGAUAAAUGCGAUGAACGGGUUAAAGAAGCUGUCCGCGCUGCUAAAGAAGGAGCUGGAGGUGAAAAUGCCACGAAAUCUCCUGAACCCACAAAAUCUAAAAGUACAAAACCGCCCAUAACCACGAAGCCUACCCCAAAAACUACCCCAGCGUCAAACGAACCAUGGGAUGAAAUACGUUUACCAAGCGACGUGGUUCCAAUACAUUACGACAUGCUCAUAAAAGUCUACCUAGACACUUUGAAUUUUUCUGGAAAUUCUAACAUUUCCAUCAAUGUAUUGAAUCCAACGGACAAGAUUUUGUUUCACAUCAAUAAGAUCAAUAUUACUAAAGUGACUGUUGUGAAACUCGACGGAGUAUCGCUGAGUAUUAAGAGAGAAUUUUCCUCCCCGAAAAGGCAAUUUUAUGUCGUGAUCCUUGCAAAAUCUCUGACGGCUGGAAAGUAUACAUUGAUGUUGGAUUUUGUGGCGAAUAUCGAAACCAAAGAGCUGAACGGAUUCUAUAAAAGUACAUACAAGGAUAGCUCAGGAAAUGAAAGAGUACUUGCAGCCACUGACUUUCAACCUACUGACGCAAGAAAAGCAUUCCCUUGCUUCGACGAGCCGGCUAUGAAGGCCACGUUCACCAUCAGCAUUGAACAUCGUGAUGACUACACAGCACUGUCCAAUAUGAACCAGGUCUCCUCAGUGGGUGUUGGAAAUAACCGUCAUUUAACACGUUUCGCAAAGUCAGUCCCCAUGCCAACUUACCUGGUGGGGAUGAUCGUCUCGGAUUUCAAGUAUCUAGAAGAUAAGACAGGCGAGCAUGGUAACAUUACGCUCCGUACCUGGGCCACACCUUUACAAUAUAAUGAUUCAGACUAUGCAUUGAAAAUUGGAAAAAAUGUGACAACGUAUCUUGAGACGUAUUACGGAGUGCCGUUUCCCUUACCUAAACAAGAUAUGGUUGCUCUACCCGACUUCAACUCUGGGGCGAUGGAAAACUGGGGCAUAAUUACAUAUCGGGAAACUGCGAUGUUGUAUAAACCGGGCGUGUCGUCUGAGACGAACAAACAAAGAGUUGCUCUGGUGGUUUCUCAUGAGUUAGCACAUAUGUGGUUUGGAAACUUGGUUUCUUGCAAGUGGUGGAACGAUAUUUGGUUGAAUGAGGGAUUCGCAAGCUACGUGGAAUAUCUUGGUGUUCAUGAGGCAGAACCUGACUGGGAAUUUAAAGAACAGUUUUUGACAAGUGAUCUUCAUCGGGCCUUUAGACUCGAUGCGCUUGCGUCUUCUCAUCCGAUACAAGUGGAAGUCAAUGACCCUGAAGAAAUAAAGACUGUUUUCGAUUCCAUAACAUACAGCAAGGGUGCAUCAAUUAUCAGAAUGUUGUCAGAUUUCCUGACUGAGGAGAAGUUCAAAGAUGGUUUAAAAAAUUAUCUCAUCGUAAACAAGUUUGGCAGCGCUGAAACGAAGGAUUUAUGGGCCGAACUUAGUAAUAGAUCUAGUUAUAAUGUCACAAACUUAAUGGAAACCUGGACAGAACAGAUGGGAUAUCCUGUGAUCAACAUUACCAGAGCUGGGUCAGGCAAAGGAAAUGCCGACCAGAAGCAUUUUCUUCUUGAUCCAAAGGCCAAGGUUACCGAACCCUCGCCGUUUAACUACAAAUGGACUGUCAAAUUAAACUACAUUACUGAAGGCAACUCGAAUGUGAAAAAUCAGAAAAUAGUUUGGAUGAACAGAAGUUCAGUCCAAUUCGACUGGCCUAAAGGCGAAUGGAUAAAAGCGAACGUCGGGCAGUAUGGAUAUUACAGAGUGAAUUAUCAGAGAGAAAACUGGGAACAACUAUCAAACGUUUUAAAAAAUAAUCAAACGGUACUAUCGUCUGCUGACAGAACUAGUUUGAUUGAUGAUGCGUUUAAUCUAGCGAGAGCUGGUCAACUGGACUAUGACAUCCCUCUUGAUCUCUCUUCGUAUAUAAAAGACGAGGAUAGAUAUGUACCUUGGAGGGCAUUUAUGACAGCUAUUGGUUUUGUUGAUACAAUGCUGAGUACUCAGGACUCCUUUGGGAAAUUCCAGAAAUAUAUGCUUGAUAUUAUCUCGAAAAAAAUAGUUGAUGUUGGAUGGAAAAACAAAGGAAACGACAAACAUUUAGAAGUAUAUAUGCGCAGUUUGAUAUUAAGCGCAGCUUGCUCUUACGGAAAUGAAGAAGCCAACAAAAAGGCAAAAAAUUUGUUCUUGGGAUAUCUUAACAACAAUGAAACUCUUGACGUUGAUUUGAAGAGCAUGAUUUAUUAUCAUGGCAUCGCCAAUACUGGUUACGAAGAAUGGGACAAGUUGUUCGUGAAAUUUCUCAACGCGACGGUUGCGUCAGAGAAAAGUAAAUUGCUUUAUGGCUUGGCAGGCUCGAAACAGCCGUGGGUUCUUCAAAGGUUUUUGCGCUAUUCUAUUCAAAAGGAUAAGGUUCGCGACCAAGACACCGUCACCGUUGUCAGUUAUGUGGCAAGAAAUGUUGUGGGGCGAGAUUUAGCAUGGAAAUUCUUGAAGGAAAACUGGGACAUUUUUUACGACAGAUACGCCAAAAGUAGUUUCCGAUUUGCGACCGUUAUCACAUCCACAACAUCAUGGAUGAACACUAAGAUUGACCUGGAAGAUGUUAAAGCGUUCUUCAAAAGUAGGAAAGAUUUAGGGUCUGGUAAAAGGUCUGCAGAUCAAGCUAUUGAACGUAUUCAGUCUAACAUAGAAUGGGUGGAAAGAAGCACCAAAACUAUUGCUGAUUUUCUGGACAAAAACUGACAAAAAAAGAGCGAGGAAAGUUGUUUUCACAACAAAGACGAGGUGUACAAGGAUACAUUAUGGCGUGUAGCGUAGAUAAAGAGGAUAUAGAUUUAAGUAAGAUCUAGUGUUUUUAUUUGUAUUAGUAAUGAAAAGGAAUCAAAACGAUAGUGUAGGCAGUAGCUGUGUGUGUUUUUACACACAAAGAGUGAAAUAAUCGUACAAGUAAUUUGUGAAAAGGAAAAGAAAACAAAUAUAUAAAGUUAAAUAAGAAGUGCG